AUGUCGCACGUGGUGGUCAUCGGCACGGAUUUGCGGAGAGCUACUGUCAAGGUCAGCCCAGGCACCUACAUGACAGAUGUUCUCCAAGAGGCAUGCAAGAAGCUCAACGUCUCGAGCGACAAAUACCUCUUGAAGCACAAGCAGAAGACAGUCGACCUCUCAGUAGUCUGGCGAGUGAGCGGUCUCACCCCCGGCGCCAAACUCGAGCUCGUCCAGAAGUCCAAGACACCAUCAGCCGUUUCCGUCGCACUCCAGUUGCCGAUGCCCGAAGCCAACUCGGCGCCCAACGGUCGUUUAAUCGAGAAACUACCUAGCGACUUUACGAUAUGGAAGGUACUGCGCCAGUUUGAGAGCGGCGUCGCUGGGAAUGGGAAGAACUUCAACAUCACAGCACGGGGCGUUGCGCAAACAACAAGCGGAGGCGCGAGUGGAAGCGGUCAGAUGUACUACGAGACACCAGUCCUAAACAUCAUGGGUCGGGAGCUUUCCACGUUUGAGGACUUCCAGAAGACACUGUCGCAACUUGGAUACAAUUCGGGCAGCGUGCUGAUCCGCUUGUCGUUCAAAAAGACGGACCGCACGCUGUUCCAGGCUAUGGAGGAAAUCAGCCAAUUCUUUUCUGAAGUUGAGGCAGAGGAGAAGAAGGCGGCCACUGCUCCAGCUCCGGCGCCCGCCACGGAGGGAACAGAGUCUACAGCAGCUGAAACUGCCAUCGAGACGCCAAAGGGCACAACGGCUGGACAGCCAGGCGGCACUCCAACGCAAGAACAAGCAGAUCAGGAGGCGCCGGCAGCAGAUGCCAUGGAGGUUGAUGAAGCAGAGCCGACAGACCCUCUGCAGCCUGUCAGCGUCUUCCGGGCACCAAGCGGAACCACUCCCGCGGCAGCCCUUGCAGACGUGCCAGAGGACGACUACGCCCCGACGAUUGCCCACGCCCAGCUUCAUCAGGCUCGACUCCAGCAGAGCGCGCUCAACAAGAGACUUCCUUCCGACAAAGAGUUGGAGGCGCAAAGACAGGCCGAGGAAGCCCGUCUAGCGGCUGUCACCACAGUUCCGAUGAAGGUGCGGUUUCCCGACAACACUUCAGCACAAUGGACGUUUGGCCAUGAAGCUACAGGGGCGACCCUCCACCAGGGCGUGAGAUCUGUCAUGGCACACAAUACUCAACCCUUCAAGCUGGUCAUACCCGGCAGCAAGGUCAUGAUUAAGGAUGAUGAGAGCGCAAAGAACCGCUUGAUACACGACUACAAGCUCACGCGUAGUGUGUUACUGAGUCUGGUCUGGGAUGACAGCGUGCCGGUAGAUAUCCGCAAGAAGCCCUUCCUCAAGGGUAGCGUCGCUCAAAAGGCUCAGGAUGUCACAGUACCGGACAUUCCCAAAGGCGACGACACGAAUGAGGAGCAGACUGUUGCUUCGUCGUCGAAACCUGAGAAGAGGGAGGGAAGUGGGGAUGGCAGCGUUGCGAAGAAACUUCCCAAGUGGCUCAAGCUGCCUGGAAAGAAAUAG